ACGCACACACAUCGAUCGGGCCGUGAGCGCGACUACCAGAUUGUAUCGGAAUGCUGGUGGUGAUUGCUUGCCGCCUGCAUGCCGACUUAGCACAUUGCCAGUUUCACCGAGUCAUACACAGUGCGAGCACGAGGCUUCGGGAGUGAACGGACGAAUCUUAAAUCAGCAUCGAUUGAUCGGUCAAUCGCGUGUUCUUCAACACAAUUAAUUGUCAUUUGACAGUGCCAUAGUUAGAUAGUGUGUGGUGUGUGGAAUUUCGUAUCAUGCGCAAAUGAUCGACGCAUGGCGAUAGUUUAUCCGUACAAUGCUUCCAUUAGUUUUGUGUUUCUAUCCAAAAACCGGUGUUGAUUCUCGUCAUAGUGUUGUGGAUUUAGCAUAAAUUCAGUGAAAGAAAAGCGUACUAGUGCUUACUGUCACUGUACUCUCGAGCUGAUGAUAAUCUAUAAAAAAGUGUAUUUAGUGUAUCGCUACGUUUUAAGGUAACCGAUAGCAGCGCAACGGAACGUAAUUAACCACUUUGGUGAUUAAUUGUACGUACAUACUCCUCACACAUAUUUCAUCUCAAAAUUAUUUUGUGACGUUUCACUAAACUACACCAGUUACAACAAAGAAAACCCAACAAUGCAUUAUAAAGUGCAGAGUAUGCUUCCAAAUGUGUAAAAAUCACCUGUGGUACUUCGUGGUGGUAUAUCCGUAUGAAUUAUAAAUUUGUGUAUUUCGGCAUGUUUUGGACGCACCAUCUAGGGAGUGUUUGAGACGAAAGUGCCGCUAGAUCGCUUGUUUAACAAACGUUUCCAAACUAGUGCGUGUAAUUGUUCAUUCUACAUGGGGUCCAUAUUAUCACAGUGGAAAAGAAAGAAAAAAAACCACCCCAAGUGAUAGCGUGUCGUUUGAGCUCAAUUAGAAAGAUCGAGAAAAAAGUGAAACAAAUCUGUUCUUGAUACAAGCUGCCAGUACUGCAUGUAUAGCAAUACAACCUAUUCACAAUGCCAGAGAAAGAAACUUUCCACGAGCAUAUGCAAGUGCAUCCAUUCCACCAUCCAGGUCAUUCUCUGGCAGCUCAUCAUGCGCACCAUCACCCACAGGCAGGAUUGGCUGCGCACGGGUUAAGCGCAGCAGCUGCCGCAGCAGCAGCAGCAGCAGCAGCAGCGGCAGCGGCAACCAGCAACGGUGCAGGACCCGCCGGAAGUGGUGCGUACGGACCGCUGCAAAUCCCGUCGGCAUUUGUAGCAUUCCACACUCAACUGCCUGCUGCAGCUGGGCUCGAUCAGCGAGCUGCUCAUGAUGGUCGCUACCUAUGGGAUCCUACAGCAUCUCCUUCUACCCCAUCGUUUCAUCACCCCCACCAUACCGCACCUCAUGGAUUGGCAAGUAAUGCAAAUUUUGCAGAACUACAGUUUUUAAGCGCACGUCGUGCGGCUGUCGCUGCGGCCGUUGCUAGCGUCGAAGUUGCACAAGGUAGCGGAACAGUAUUAUCUCCACAUCCGCCUGCUCCAGCAACUGUAGUUCCGUUAACCAUUUCGCCUCCGGCUACUUCUGGUGCUUCGUUAAAAGGAAAUGGUGAGAGAUCUUGCAGUGCCGGUACAACUCCAAUCGGCAACGGAAAUUCACCGACAGCAGCAGGAACAGGCACAUCCAGUCCAGGACUACCUACGCCAAACGGCACCACUGGAACGACCGUGGGUCCUUCUGCUGGACAGACCAACAUCCACUCCGUACCAGUACCACAUCCAAGCGAUUUUCAUCCCGCCUAUAGAAUACCCGGCUACAUGGAACACCUGUACUCGUUGCAACACGCUUCGGCGUCUCUACACGGUCUUGGAUUGACAUCGGAGUACAUCAAUGCUAGGAACGCCAUCGCCGAUCUACAUCCAGCCAACUCCCUAGCCAGUGCGGAUUUUCAUUUCAGCAUCGAUGCAGCUAGUCGACUCAACAGUCCUCGCCCGGGCAGCAUACGAGCUAGUGUUAGCCGGAAGCGAGCCCUUUCGUCAUCGCCAUACUCGGAUUCAUUCGACAUUAGUUCUAUGAUACGAUACUCUCCAAACUCUUUAGCAUCUCUGGUGAACGCCUCUCGAAGCAGUAGUACAAGUGGUUCCUAUGGCCAUCUAUCGGCCAGUGCGCUCAGUCCAGCACUUGGUAUGCACAACGCAAUGCCACCACACCUUCAACAUCUCCUACGGAGUAGUGGAUUUCUUCAUUCACUCCCUGGUCACCAUACGCCAGCAGCUAGUAUGUUUUCAUUAUCUCACCAUCCUCUUCAUGCAGGACAUUCGUUGACCAAACCACAACAAAUUUCCGACCUGUCAAGUAAAAGACAGGAGCAACCAACAUCUAGCUCACAAGUUACACGUGUCGAAGCUGAUAGUGCUAGUAACGCCCAACAAAAGAAAAUCCGUGUUAAACGUGAAGCUCCACAAGUAUAUUCACAUAAACCAAAUAGACAAGAAGAUUGUUCGGACAUGAUUACAUCAAACCAUCUUCCAAGCCCUACAUCGACACAAGGACCAACCAACGGAACUAUUUCGACAACUUCUACUACUAAAAAUGGAGGACUUAAUCUAAGCCCUAUGCAACGCGAUUUGAAUAACGGAGUCCAGGGAGCAGAGUGCAAUGUCACCAACAUUGGCAGUGCAAUGGACGUUAGUUCUAAUGGCAAUGCAAGUGGCGAUGGUGGACUUUAUGGAGAGGACAAUAGUUGUCGUGAUGGUACUCGAGCGGAUACCACUGACCCAAAAGAUGAACCAGGCGAUUUCAUAGAGACGAAUUGCCAUUGGCGUGAGUGUUCUUUGGAGUUCAAUACACAAGACGAGCUAGUUAAGCAUAUUAACAAUGAUCAUAUUCACGCAAACAAAAAAUCAUUUGUAUGUCGCUGGGAAGAUUGUUCGCGUGAUGAAAAACCGUUUAAAGCACAAUACAUGCUUGUCGUACAUAUGCGUCGCCAUACGGGAGAAAAACCACACAAGUGUACGGUGAAAAGCCAUACACCUGCGAAUAUCCCGGAUGCAGCAAAGCAUUCAGCAACGCAUCUGAUCGUGCGAAACAUCAAAAUCGAACGCACAAAACCAUACGUGUGCAAAGCCCCAGGAUGCACCAAAAGAUACACGGAUCCCAGUUCGUUGCGUAAACACGUAAAAACUGUCCAUGGCGCUGAAUUUUAUGCAAACAAAAAGCACAAAGGAAACAAUUACGGUGGUGGUAGCAAUGGUGGCGAUGGUCCAGGGGAGGAUGGUGAAGGAUCUAACCACAUGUUCGACAGUAGUCCGCACAGCGAAGACAAAACAACGAGCAUGAGCAGUCCCAGCAUCAAGUCAGAAUCGGAUGCAAAUUCUCCCGGUCAUCCACCAAUUAACAGUCCGAUGUCACUAUCGGCACUUACUGCCGGACUCGGUGAAGACUAUCACGACGGCAAUAAUAUGCCACUGGGUAGUAUCGUUGAAAUAGAUGAUCCCGUUUGGCCGUAUGUCGAUGAAGAUCUAGAAGUGGCUGAUCUGCCGAACAGCGGCAAUAUCGACUCGUAA